AGUUCCCCCCGUUCGACGCCACAAAGGCCCAUCACACAACGAACGCCCCCCCCUCAAACUCCGUCCUUCUCCGCCGCCAAAUCCAUCACUACUACCAUCUCCUUUGACAUCCAACAUCACAACAGUCACUUCGACCAACCGGAUGACACGAGCCCCUCAAAAAGCGCAAUACUGCCGCAAAUCUCACGACGAUACUUACACACUGUUUUGUCCCAACUUUCUCACUCUGCAAUUCUCGCCCGUCCGUCGUCCUCCGACCCAAAUUUUUUUGUAUACCAAAUCAAAUGUUUUAACGCUUGUUGUGUACGACCAUGUUUUAGCGACUCUUUUUCACGACCCGUCUUAUCUUGCUCUUGUGCAUCAAUCAAUUUUUUGUCUCACAUCUGUACACUCGCUCGUCAGGGAUAGCACUGUUCUCUUGUCUUGUCUGGGUGUCUGUCGAUAUAUAUCCAUAUAUAUAUAUAUAUGUUAUCUGCUCUUGGUUGGUUAGCAAACCUGGUCUGGUCUGCGAUCAGGGGCAAAGGAAAGGAUAUAAAAGGCAGGGUGUGCGA